UUCUCUCUCUCUCCCUCUCUCCUUCGCUCACUCUCUGAUCACUGUGACUCGCUGGACAGGGGCAUCUGCAGCACACAGCCUGAGUCUCAGCCUCUUGGGAAAAGUUAACUCCACCUUGGGAAAGUUAAAAGACAACUAACCUGCAUCUGUUCUAAGCACAGAAUGGCUGGUCUGAAGUACCUGACUGGCUUCGGCAAUGAGUUUGCCUCUGAGGAUCCUCGCUGUCCUGGAUCACUGCCUGAAGGACAGAACAGUCCUCAAGUGUGUCCAUAUGGACUGUAUGCUGAGCAACUCUCUGGCUCCGCCUUCACUUGCCCACGGGCAACCAAUAAGAGAAGCUGGCUGUACCGCAUACUGCCCUCUGUACGCCACAAACCCUUCACUCCAAUAAACUGUGGAAACCUCUCAGAGAACUGGAAUGAAGUAGAGCCUGACCCCAAUCAGCUCCGAUGGAUGCCAUUCACUGUCACCAAAGCUUCUGAGAAGAAAGUGGAUUUUGUAUCGGGUCUGCACACAAUCUGCGGGGCUGGAGAUUCGAAGUCUCGCAGUGGGAUCGCCGUCCACAUAUACACCUGCAACACUUCCAUGAUCAACAGGUGCUUCCAGAACUCAGAUGGUGAUUUCCUCAUUGUGCCCCAAAAAGGUGAAAUCCUGAUCACCACAGAAUUCGGAAAGAUGAUGGUGGAGCCCAAUGAGAUCUGUGUCAUUCAGCAAGGGAUGCGCUUCAGUGUGGAUGUGUUUGGUGAGACCAGAGGUUAUAUCCUAGAGGUGUAUGGAGCUCAUUUUGAGCUCCCUGACCUAGGACCCAUAGGGGCUAAUGGACUAGCGAAUCCCCGGGACUUCCAGAUACCAGUGGCUUGGUUUGAAGAACGCACAGUAGCCAGUGGUUACACCAUCAUCAACAAGUACCAAGGGAAGCUCUUCUCAUGUCAACAGGACUUUUCUCCAUUUAAUGUGGUGGCGUGGCAUGGAAACUACACACCUUACAAAUACAACCUGGAGAACUUCAUGGUGAUCAACUGUGUGGCUUUCGAUCAUGCAGAUCCCUCCAUUUUUACUGUGCUGACCGCCAAGUCCACUCGGCCAGGUGUGGCCAUCGCCGACUUUGUGAUCUUCCCUCCUCGCUGGGGGGUCGCAGACCGCACCUUCCGGCCCCCUUACUAUCACAGGAACUGCAUGAGCGAGUUCAUGGGCUUGAUCAAGGGUCACUAUGAGGCAAAAGAGGAGGGCUUCCAGCCUGGAGGGGCGAGUCUCCACAGCAUUAUGACCCCGCAUGGGCCUGACUUCGACUGCUUUGAAAAGAACAGCACAGCCGAGCUCAAACCAGAGAGAGUUGCUGAAGGAACAAUGGCCUUCAUGUUUGAAUCAUCCUUCAGCAUGGCUGUCACCAAGUGGGGACUUGAGACGUGUCAGCGUCUGGACAAGAGCUAUUACAAAUGCUGGGAGCCUCUCAAGAGUCACUUCAAUCCAAACUGGAGACCCAGCAGCAAGUAGAACUGGCCAUUGUGUAUGUGGUUACACUUUGCAAUAGGGUUUCUCAGAUAGCAGGUGUGGAAUAAGGCAGAGUGGAAUGGGUCUCCUCUUACAUUCGGAUAUCCUCUCAGCAAAUAUGUGCUAAAACUGAAAGCACUAAAUAAUAAUAUAGGUUUUAUUUCUCAAGAGGUAAAUCUGACUCACUGUAAAUGGGAACUGUAUUAUGAAUGGAAAGAUAACAACAUGCUAUUGGAACUUCAACUCUAAUGAAAAUGUACACCAGAGAACUUGUUCAAUAAACCUCCCUGCAGCUGCA